AUGUCUCUUCACGUUGAUCCAAUAGAAUCAAUGAUGCCCGAGGAAGUCUCAAUCCGAGCCACUCAACUCAAUCCCCAUCAAAAAUAUCAGCUUUAUAUGUCUUUCAAACACCCCAACGGUACCCACUACUCGUGGGCGAAUUUCCGCGCUUCGGCGCUUGGCGAGAUCGAUUUAAAACGAGAUUGUCCAGUGCAAGGCACAUAUUUUGAAACAAACCCCCAUGGCCUCUUUCAAUCAUGCUAUCCUGAUGUUGAUGUUCGAGAGGGAGCGUAUGUGCCCGCCACUCCUCCAUUCCCAUAUGAAUACACAUUAUUAUUGAAAGACUCUGAAAGCAAAGUGCUGGAUCAAGUCAAGUUGAUGAAACGCUUCCAACAUCCGCAUGUGACAAGGACCGAAAUCGAGAAUGAUCGGGUUGUUGGGACUCUCUUCUUGCCACCAGCCGCUCGUUCACAGAAAUUACCGACGGUGAUCGAUAUUAUUGGUGGAAAUGGAGGAAUGAGAGAGAAUCGUGGCGCCCUCCUUGCGAGUUCUGGAUUUGCUGUUCUCUCCCUUGCCUAUCUCUCAUUCAAAUCUCUCCCGAAAUCGAUCAAUGAAGUGAAUGUUGAAUAUUUCUUGAAAGCAAUUGAUUGGCUCUCAGAGCAAAAGUUUUGUGGAAAAAUCGGCAUUCAAGGGAAUUCUUUUGGCGGUUCGAUUGUCCAUGCGAUUUCCAUCCGAGCACCAAAGAUCAAAGCAGUUUGUAGUAUCAAUGGAGCUCACUGUUUGGAUGUGUUCACUCAAAUGCUCGAGAAUGGGAAACCGAUUCCGGCUGGGAAAGUUGACAUGGAAUUCCUCACUUAUCAUGUAGACAAUGGAUAUCUUGUACUCGAGAGGGCCAUUCGAAACAUGAAAAUCCCACAGCAAGCGGACUUUGAUUAUUCGAAAAUGGCGAAAGAUGUGGCUUUUCGAAUUGUUGCAAGUCGAGACGAUCGAGUUUACGACAGUCUUUACUCGAGUGAAUACUUGGAAAAGAGGAUUAAAGAACAAGGUCUUUACGUUGAAAGAGAUGUCGUUUUUGGUGGCCAUUUGAUGGAACCUCCACAUGUUCCGAAUUGUCCAAAUCUUUACGCUAAAUAUGCUAGCAUGAUCUUGAGCUACGGUGGUGAUCAAUAUGUACACGGGAAGAGCCAAUCUCAAGUUUGGCCACGAACAAUUGCCUUUUUCAACCGAUUUUUGGGAGAACCAAAGCCACCAAGCGAUUGGAGAACUGAAGCGAAACUU